GGUCUUCGUAGUACUGCGGUACAGGAUCAUACCGGUUAGCAGUCUCCAUUCGAGUGUACGAGGCGAGCGUUCUUUUAUACGCUCGCUAUCGACACUCUUCGUGCCAUAUGGCGCGGCGAGAGCGAGCCCCGGUACGGCGGAUGCGUCUUACAUUUGAUAACUACCGAGUCGUCCAACGUCUCAACUUGUAGCAAUCCCCAUUGCCACUAGUACUUGCUCAGAGCGCGUAUAACUUAUUCGCAGCUCUGAAAGACAAACCAAAUGCCGUGUACUCCAGUAGGAGUCGCGAAUACUUAAACUCGCCGACAACAUGCCGGCGAGUAUACUCUACUAGUAUCAACCGAUACGCCCGUGCUGUGGAGGGCUCCAUCCUAGGAUCAUCAUACGAGGUCGGGCACGCCCUGCGUUCUGCUUGCACUAUCGGUGGUAUCCUGCGUGCUCCGGCAUGCCAUGGAGUCCAUGCCAAUACAGUGCGGUAUUUUCGAACGCAAAACUGCGUUCGAAGUUACUACCUGCCCACAUUCCCCGGACUUCUCUAUUAUAGAGCUUGCUUCAUACGAGGAUGGCCUCGCUUCGACGAGUUUGCUGUCUAUCGGUGAUGGCUCUGCGUGCUUCGGCGUGCCAUGGAGAGUGACAGUCUGGGCGGAUGGGGACAGCAUUCCUCCUGGCGGCGGCGCCAGGAGGAUUCAAAAGCAGUCCAGGUCACAACCUCGCUGCAGAUCACUACCACAAACUGUGAUAGUGAUCGUACAAACUCAACUUUCCCUGAGGACGUAUCCUCAGGGAUAUAUCAAAUGUGCAAGAACAGAAGUGGCUGCUCUCAGAGCUCCCUGCUGUUCACGCAAACUCGGUGUUAGACCAACCACGGUUGACCCAACCCGUUACUGAUUCGUGUCCACCAUAACACAAUCACGCAUCCCGACUUCAGUCGAAGCCGGGGUACGCGUAUACAUAUACUGUCGCACACCCGCGCACGUAUAGCGCACCUCAUUCCUGCUGCCUGGCGGCAGGAAGAUCCGCCCUCCCCCCUCUCUCCGGAGAGUUCCUCUCUUUUAUGUGUCUGGUUUGGGCCCUCGUCGUCAGCGAUAGCGAACUGCUGGCGCCGCCGGGUCUCUUCCAUUCACUUCCGUUUCUCAGACGAGUCUAGAGCUAGCAUUCGCGCUAACGCUGGGCUUGUGCGGCCCUGGCCAAUGGGUGGUGGACUUCGUGUCUAUUGUCUUUGUUCAGGUGGCGGCGAGGGGUGAUGAUCUUCGUGAUCUCACUCUUCGUCCGUUGUUCCGCUCAAUUUUUGGAAUCCCUCGCUCUCUUUCGUGGAGAACAAUGUCUUUCUCUGGUUCCACGCCGUGAUACAUGUGGACGGGAAAAGUUAUUUACUUGUAUGUGUGUACUUUCAGUCACAAAUAAAUUUAUUGCCACCAAAGUU